AUGCUUCCCCUGCUUCGUAGCAGGAACCUCGUCUUCUUCGUUGAUGGCACUAGUCAGUGUCCUUCGGCUUUUCUCAAAGAUUCUGACGGCAAUCUCACCAAUACUGUCAACCCCGCUUUCGAACUCUGGAUGCAGCAGGAUGCCAUGGUUAUAUCAUGGAUCAACAGUUCCGUUCACCCCACUGUUUUGGCCACUCUUAUUGGCAAAACUAGUUCUCACUCCACUUGGACUUCUCUCCGUGAGCGUUAUGCUUCCACAUCAACUGGUCGUCUUUUGCAACUCCGGAGUGAUCUGAUGAACACACAUCGUGGUGAUUCAUCCAUUGCUGAUUUUUUGGAUCGUGUGAACUCUCUCGCUGACACUCUAUCUCUCUCGGGGUCUCCUGUUUCAGACUCGGACUUGGUAGCCAUUGUUCUCAACAAUGUUGGUCCUGCGUUUGAAAGCACUGUCUCGUCUGCUCAAGCUCGAGAGGAUGCCAUCUCCUAUGGUGCUUUGGAGGCCUUGCUUCUCGGUGCCGAACGUCGUCAAAAGAUGAGUCAGGUGCUCUACCUUGAUGCUGCCCCUACUGCUCUCGUUGCUGGCCGUGGAGGGCGCGGUUUUCAGGCCGGUCGUGGUCGUGGUUUUCAUGCUGCUGUGGGUCGUGGCGGUCGUGGUCCUGUUCAAGGUGGUCGUGGCGUGAUUCGACAACCAGGAGCUCAUGCUCUUCCUGAUGGUGUUCUUGGUGUUGGCCCUCAGCAAGGUCAUGGCUUUAAUCCCAAUGGUCGUGUUCAGUGUCAAAUCUGCCACAAACCUGGUCACUCUGCUAUCAAUUGCUACAAUCGUAUGAACAUGGCAUACGAAGGUCGCAUUCCUGCGCCCAAGCUUCAGGCCUUUGCUGCCGCUGCUCAUGCUCCUGACCAUCUCCCUGUGGCUCCCCCCUCAAGUUCAAAAUUGGCUCUUUGA